AUCCGCUAGCGCUGCCGUGCGAUCUCGAGCUUAAGCGGCUGAAUUGGUGCGGCUGCAUGCGCACAGGCUCAAGGGAGGGUGGGCUCUCGGAGUCACCGAUGGGUGGUCGAGCGACCGAGAUUGAAUCUGGUGCUUAGGCGUUAGUUAGUUUGUAAUCGCGCCUCGCCAGAUACACCACGCGUUACCGCGGAGCAGCAGCAGCAACAGCAGAAGCAGUUGAUCCUGAGCAGGCGAACGGUCGUAACAAACAGUUUUGUAGCUUUGAGCUUAUACUCUCCUUCUAGGAGAGACCUGCCCCUUUGCCUUUCCCUUUAUUCGUGUGUUGCCUAUUAAGAGUCCAGCUUUACAACCUCGCAAGCCAUCACUCAGUUCAGUGACCAGUGCGUGGAGCAUGGCGCGAUGUGUGAUUUAGAGUGAUCGGCUCUCCUCGUGCAUACUAGUACCAGCAGUAGCUACACAGUGGUGAUGACCUCGAUGGCGCGAAGGGAAACAGAGCGACACAUCGAGGCCGAGGUACCAGGUACAGGGACCUCAAGGACGCCUGGAUCUGGGCGAGUGGCGUGAAGGAAGUUCGACUGCCAGUUCCAGCAGCUUGCAGCUUCACUCGAGUCGGACUGCUUGUCGUGAUCGCAUCAUUUGUUUUGUUUGAAUAGACCGCGAGCGAGCACAAGCGUCUGUGGUCACAGACGCGAUCAGCAAUCAGCAUCUCAAUCAACUGCCAACAGUAUUCCCAAUAGCAACCGUGACCUCCAGGUCCCAAUCCCGAAUGUCCCCACCCUGCUCCAGGACUCCACCUUCACUAGCUCCUUGACCGGAACUGACCAACCUUUCCUCUUCCUACCACACAUCCUUCCAGUUCUCUCAUUAACAACACUAACAACAAGCAAAGCAACAGUGCGGCCAAAAGCAUGAACUGGCCAGUAGCGGCAACUCCCGCAGCCUGGAAGCUCGUGAUGGUUGGGCUGGUUCUCGCCAUGGCCGCCAGUAACAGCAACAGUAGCAGCAGUAACACUAUUAUUGAUCUAAGUCCGCACAUCGAAGCUCGCCAAAAGCCGCUAUUGCGGCACCCACGUGGUCUCGGCUUCUUUCAAAAGGUAGCGCACCUCGGUUCGCUAUUGUACCAACAGUACAACGACACCACUUACACGCUCAAGAACGUGUACGACCUCUUGAGCAACGAGUUUACGGAUACAUACACGACAACGACCCCGGACCCACACACCACAAGUACGACGCAGGAUCCGUCCACCAGCACGACGCCUAAGUAUCGGAUCAGCCGGGCCGAGCUGGGCCGCAUCUUGAACCGCAACUACCGUGGUCUGCAAAAGCUGUUCCGGCUCGAGUGGAAUGACGCCUGGAAUCAAACCAAGUACAAUAUUGAUGACUACAAGCGCGAGCUAAAAAACUCGGCCUUCCCACCACCGAACCGCACCGCCAUCACCGCCGGCCCGGUUGGCAACAACCUUACGUCGGUCGGUACGAAGCUCAAGGGCAAUCCCUAAACUUUCUGUGGGUGCUCUGGAGGUGGUAAUGGUGAUGCAACCCCCCGGACCGAGCUUGCUGUAGCUUCCUUCAACGUCCGUACUGCCCAAUUGCUGUUAAACCCCGUACUAAGAUGACCUAAGACUCACCACUUUAGGGUCUGCCGGCGCGGUUCCCCCAGUACUAAGCCAUUGUAACUACCCCUGCUUUCCCACACUCUCCUAUACUUUCUUCAUUCUGUGAUAUGACUGUUAAGCCGCUCCUUCGUCGUCUUAGUCGUCGCGUCUAUGAAAAUUUCGUCUACUAUGAGUAAAGUUCCCAAAAAACUGUACAGUACCAGUGUGUGCGUGCGUGCGCGAGUGAGUGUGUGAGCCCAUGUGUUUGUGUGUGUGUGUGUAUGUGCGUAAAAUAAUUUACGGAUAGCUAGGAUGAGGUGAGGGGUAAGGUGGUUCGGCGGAGGCGCUUUCGUUGUGUCCUUGAGCGGUAGGCUACGGCUGAAGGAGUGAAGGGCGAGGAGGAGUCGGAGGAAUAUGGAAUCAAGGUGUUUGGGCCAAGGGGUACAACUUGUGGGUUGGAAAGGAGUAAGGGGCAGUGAUCUCUCGCUUUCCCGCACCCAACAUCACACCCUCUCCUUACACCUUUUCUAUGUAAGGUGACAAUCAGUGGACAAGGCUGAUGGUGAUGAUGAUCGGUUGAUUGAAGGAGUAGAUGGAAUGAAGAUAGGAGCUAGUGAGCCCAACACAAAUAAAGUGCCCGAUCCACCGCCUGGGGGACGAUAUGUAUGCGCAGUGUGUAAAACGAUAUCCAAUUAUGUGUUACCUCUUUUCUCGUGAGAAAUCCAAUGUUGUGGUGCCACGUAGGUAUUUGCGAGACGAACCGCGAUCACAAUGAUGCAACCCAACUGCCUUUGCUGUGCUGCUUCUUUCUCUC